AUGGACUCCAAGGAAUCGCAGCCGAGUGUGCCGGAUCUGACCGAUAUCGAGCGCCUCAGGAAGGCGUUACGCUUGCCCCUUCAAGCUACCUCGACUUGCCUAGCGAUCACCCGAGAGAACAGAAAAUGUAAAACGCCUAUUCCUCACAAAGAGAAGAUUGAUGAAAUCCUCGCGAGUCUUCUUCUCAAACCUUUCCCCAACACGCCACCUAUAAGCUCGAACAGGAUGGAUAAGUUGUUAUCGCGGUUGACUGAGUACUCCAUGUGUUCUCGUCAGAAUGACCACAGGGUUAUUUCCGAAAACAUCUUGUCCGUUGAUACUCUUCGUAAUCUCUUCCAUAAGUGGAAGCUAUCGGAAGAGAACGGCGGAACGGAUGAUGAAGCGUUAACAGCAGGAACCGAUGGGUCCCAAGAGUCCCAACCUUGCGCCUUAGGUGAAGGUUUGCAACGCGAGACAGUUCAUGAGGUAGCUUUCGAUGACGGUGAGGAUAAUGAGAAAGGUGAAACUGAUGAGAACAACGAGAACAACGAGAAUGAUGAGAAUGAUGAGAAUGAUGAGAAUGAUGAGAAUGAUGAGAAUGAUGAGAAUGAUGAGAAUGAUGAGAAUGAUGAGAAUGAUGAGAAUGAUGAGGACGGUCAGAAUGAUAAGGACGGUGAGGAGGGCGAUGAAGAUGACACCAGCUCCCACAGCCCGCCCCAGCCCGGCGAGUACCAGUCUAGACAGCAGCAAAUUGACGAGCACAAUAACGACAAGCUUGACGGAAAACCAGCGGAAGUGCCCAAAAAUACACCUCGGAGAAAUCCAGGCCGACAAGUUAAGCUUCAAGCAGAUAUUCAAGCUCCGACAACCCCGAAAACCCGAUCUCGAAGAAGUAACAAUUCCUCUGCAGCCAAGUCUGGCAGCAAAGAAGAAUCGGGUUCAAUAAGUGAAGCUUCGAUUCCAACUCACUCCCCUUUCUCGUCACCCGAGCCUUCCCCGGCCGACACCCCAGAUACGGAAUAUACGACCAGUCCUACCGGACGGCGAAAUAGCGACAGCUAUCUAGAAAAAGAAAGUCCAAGCCUAAAUAGGGGUUCCUCUGCGCGGUCGGGUGAAGGAUCGGCAUGUCCCUACGGCACUCGACCUCCUCUGUUGCGGUUUAAGGGACAGGAAUUACAUGACGAAGAGCGGCUAAACACGCCAUCUAACCGCAAGAACCAAGAGUCAGCAGGAGAGAACUCAAAGCAAAGGGUGACAUCGGUGUCAACAGGGAGAGCAUCGGGGAGGAAACUCCUUCACAGCUCUGAGACCCUAUCAGACGGUACCAAAACAGCUAAUAUUUAUGAGUUAUCAACCAAAUCGAACGCUCUGAGGGAGACUUUGAACGUCAUGCGAUCCAUUCCAUAUGGAGAUCGGGCUAUUGCCGGCUAUGUGUACGCCUACACACACAAGUCCGUCCCGGGACACAUAAAAAUCGGUUACGCCAAGGAUGAAGAUUACUCUGCCGAAGAAUGGCAAAUUGUGUUGCAUCCCGUGGGAAAACACAAAGAUCUUCGUCUAUGGAAGAGAUUGAAAAAGCAAAAAGAUGAGUGCAUGAGCGAGAUGGAGGUCCUGUUUGCAGUCUACAUGCCAUCCGCCGCUGGCCAUAUGGAACGGUUAGUUCAUCGCACCCUUUAUAAGGAGAAGCGUGUAGCAAAGUGCCAAAAGGUUGGGUGUCGCAAAGAGCACAUUGAGUGGUUUCAUGUGGAAGAACAGCGAGCUCUUGAAGUAGUUAUGCGGUGGGCAGAGUUCAGCGAAAUGUUCCCGUAUAACACAAGAGGUUGUCUAGGCGAGAGUUGGGAUGAACAUGCGUUUGAAUAUGUCAAGCAGUCGAUGUCGACGUCAAUGACAUUAGAAAAGUGGUGGGACGACCCAUGGGAAAAAUUCAGAGCUGCCCAGAAACGUGAGCACGGUCAGCAGCUCGCUGCAGAGUUAGAUGAAGAAAAGAGAAGCAGCAAGCAGGAUGAAAUUAGUCUGUUGGAUGCCCAGCUUGAGAUCCAACUGGAAAGAAACAGAUUGCAACAACAGAAGAAUGAGCUAGAGCAGUGUGCGACAAGAUUGCGCGAGAAAAAGAUCGAAAGAGAUUUGGAACGGGCGCGAGAACGCCAGCAAGAGCUUCAACAUCAGAUAGAAAGAUUGUCCUUGAGAUAG